AUGCUUAUCACCGGACCCGAUAGAGCUUCAAAUCAAAAGUCCGGCAAAACAGAGGGUUCUGACCCAAACACAGCCUUGGACAAAGUCACGACUCCCGGGUUUUGGCUGCUCAAACUCGCUAUAGCAACUGCAUUAGUGCUCCCAAGGUUGUACUGGAAAUGUAUGAGUCCCUUAGGGAACAAAAACACAUCUCCUGCCUGCAGGAUCUUCGUGUACAGCUUGUUUUCGUCGUUCGGGUUUGUGGGGUUGGAUGAUAUGAAGCCUGCAUAUAAUGUGCCUUCAAGCACAAGUAAGAUUUCCGAAGCAUGUGGAUGCACGUGUGGCGGGUUUGUGCCCCCCGGGCCAAAGUCAAUGCGAACCAUGGAAAUUCCGAGCGUGUUGAGCCCCGGGAGCUCGUCUACAAAAACGAGAGUCACUUUGGACCCAAAUGGGCUUGCUAUGUUUCCGGGCUUGUUGAGGCCCGAGAAGAAGAAGUCGUCCGAGGUCACAGUGUUUGGAUCCUUGCAGAUCUUCCCGUUCACGUACACUGCACGUGUCGAAUCGAAUCCAGAUCUGAAGAAAUCAGCGAUGCUACAACACAGAGACGAGGUGAUGGACUGCUGA